AUGGCGACUCGAUUACGCGCCUCGCCGGUGCUCAAUUCGUUCUGCGGGAUGGACCUCAAGCUCGGCGCCACGUUGAUCACCCUCUUUGGCGUUCUGAACAAGGUGGCGGGCGCCUACGGCAUGUUGGCCGUCCUGCUGAGCGGAGGUGCGGCCCUCAGCCAGCCUCUCGAGCAGUUGACGAUGUACGCGUACUCCAUCGCGAGUCUCGCAGCGUUCAUCUGGGGCAUGCAGAAGAUUAGCGAGGAGAACGGAACCAAGACCCUCCUCUACGCCCACAUGUACGCCGCCGACCAUAUUCUCGGCACGAUCUACACCGCCUUCUUCGCCGUCGUGUGGUACGUCUACGUCCCGCACGACGGUCGUCGAAUCGCCAACUCGGAUGCGCAGAAGGCGAUGAUGGGCGGCUCGCAGAGCGGAGUCGGGAUGGAUGAGGCGGCACGGACGGCAGCGGCGAUGACGGUCUGGAAGAGCGAGCGAGGGUUCAGCGCCGCGGUAUUGGUGAUUGGUUGGCUGCUCAAGGUCUACUUCAUUCUCGUCCUCUACUCCUUCGCCCUCCACCUCCGCCGCGGCACCUACGCCUCGCUGCCCAAGUCCUCACACAACACCAUUCCCUCGUCUAAAUUCGUCUCCGAGCCCUCUCCCUACCGCCCUCGCUCGCGCUAUCAGCCCAAUCACACGCGCAACUCUUCGACGGGGGGCCCGCAGUACACCCACUUGCGCGGUAAUUCGCUUGCCUCGACAGCGGGAAUGGGCGGAAGAGGGAGUAUGGACGGCUUGGACGGGACAGAGACGACGCUUGCCGAGACGCUGUGGGAGGAGACAGACACGAUGUUGGCGGAGGAGGAGAAGCGGUUGCAGAGUUCGGCGCAGCAGCACGGGCGGAGACCCUCGCGGGUUGCCCCGCCGCCGCCUCUGUCUGCUGCCUCGCGGUCAUCAGCUGCGACGGGCGGUGCCGCGGGUGAUGCCGUGCCGCCUUCUCCGGCAUUUGCGAAGGGCACAGGCAUCCAGCGAACAAGCAGCGGUGGAGUCCUCGUCAGCGGUGGAGCGACGCCAGGUGCGGGCGGAGCAGCGGAAGCGGCAGGAACGGAGAGUUCGGCAAACCCGUUCGCGCAGAUCCUGGGGCGGAUGAGCGGCGAGACGCCGCGGUAG